AUGUUCGAAAAGAACUUUCAACUGAACAACAACUUCGUUGCAUCAAGAUCUCCCUUCUCCCUCCCUCCUCGAAUUUCAAACAUUGAAAUCAUGCCGUCUCCGAGACCAACUAUCAAGAGUUUCUUUGUGGCUGCCAAAAACUUAGUGAUACAGAAAAGAAAAUCUGGAUUCUCCUCUAGGGCUACCAGGUCUUACUUGGCCUUUUCGCCACCUCUAAACGUCCUUCGCAAUGAUGUUAUUCCCUCGCCUGUGCUUACCACAGGUUCUUUGAUAACUUGCGAGGAGGGUUCUGUGACUGAGGUACCAAGUGAUAUGCAUAGGGGUGCAAUUCUUGAGUUUGAACAUCGACCUUUUGGCAAUAGAGAUCCUUUGACUGAGGACCAGUUUCACAUAUUGGAGUGGUUAGAUGAGUCUGAGAUUACAUUCUUUGAGGAGAAAACGAUAUGGAAUGAUGUACCAGAGCAUGAAGUGUUCAAUGAUGACCUGUUUUUCGCUGCAACCGAGAGUGAAGCGUCUCAGGAUGAAUCACAGAACGAGGGCGAAGAAUUCGAGGAAAACUAUGGUGUACCAGAAGAGGACUACAGCGAGUAUUACUGGGAGGCAAUGGCGGAAACGGGCGAUGAGGGAAGAGAUAUCCAGCAGGACCUCGACGAUGUUGUAGUUCGGCUCACAGUCAUUGGCCUAAUGACAGAAGGCCGUAAGGAGACCAGCUCGGCAGUUUCUGCCUUGGGAUUGUUUGAUGAGGAUAGAUUUGAGACUGUUCCAUCUGUGUUGCCGGGUGAAUUUGACGAAGGAGAAAUGGAAUCCACAUCGCGAGAUGUCAAUAUGCGCUUGGAAGAGGCACAGACACAGAUACACGAACAGGAAUCUCAAAGAACUUCGUUAAGUUUGAGAAAGACGAUAAGUAACAAGUGGACUGAAGUUAGAGUUAGCCUGCGUUGGAAAAUGUCUUUUUCGUCUUUACAGACAAAAGAUACUUGA